UUUACGCAUCUAAGCUACACAUAUAUUUAGUAUUUUAGGUAUUCUUGAUCUAGAGCAAGCCAUCUAUCAACCAUUUGAUUGAUUCAACAUAUCGAUGUCGAAAACAAGCUUUCUUGACAUCCAAUACAACAUCUCAAGGCGUAAGUUUCUUCGGAAACCGUCGCGGAUGUUCUCUAGUAGCGACAGACAGUCGUCUGGCCUGCCUAUAUUCCAACCAAACGUGACUGAGAUGAGGCGCGUUUUUGACAAGUUUGAUCGUGACAAAGAUGGUAAAAUAUCGAGGGGAGAAUACAAGGCUAUAAUUAGGGCACUGAAACAAGGGAGUACAGAUAGAGACGUACAAAAGAUAUUUGAGGUGGCGGAUUUGGAUGGCGAUGGGUUUAUCAGUUUUAAGGAGUUUAUGGAGGUGCAAAAGAAAGGUGGCGGGGUGAAGGCUGUGGAUGUGCAAAGUGCAUUUCGGACAUUUGAUAUGGAUGGAGAUGGGAAAAUAACCGUUGAAGAAGUGUUUGAACUGAUGAAGAGGCUUGGGGAGAGGUGUAGCUUGCAAGACUGUCGAAAAAUGGUGAGAGCUGUGGAUUCGAACCAAGAUGGUGUGAUUGAUAUGGACGAGUUCAUGACAAUGAUGACUCAAAACACAAACAUAUAAGUGUUGUUCUAUUAUUGGUUUGUAAUACAGUGGUAUCAAAGGUGUUCUUAAUUUGGUCUAAUGGUAUUAAAGGUAUAGAUAUGAGUCUUUGUAAAAUCAUGUGUCUAAUGUCUAAAAAAAUGAAAAAAAAAACUAGUCUCCUUUGUAUUCAUAUUUAUCUAAUUAUAGUAAUAUAUUUUAUUGGUA